CUAUCGGUUAAACUACUUUGUUUUACGUCUCCCAAUACAGAAUUUCAUAAUAACAAUAUCCGCAUUGAAUUUUGAGAUAUACACGAUACUAGUUCUGAUAAUUCUAACGUACAGCACAUAAUGAUAAUAAUAUUGGGAAGAUGACAGUGACGUACCAACAAUCUUGGUGCCACCGACCUUAGGAUUUGCGUGUGCGCUUUGCUUAGUCGUUGUCAGUGACCAGAGGAGGCUUGCAGUUCACGAAACGCGUCCAGGAAACCCUCUUCGAAGAAAAUGACGACCGAUAGACUGGACUUAGAUAAGCCUCUCUGGGAUCAAAGCACGUUCCUGGGCAGAUGGCGGCACUUCGCUUGGGUUACCGAUUUCCGUACUUGUGUCGCAUCCGAAAAGGAACUUUAUGCGGCUAAGAAUUUAUGCGAAGAUUACAGGCUUGGCAAAGAAUCAGCGGGUACAACCAGGGAGCAGAUAAUAUACGCAAAGAAGCUCUACGAAUCUGCAUUUCAUCCGGAUACGGGUGAGCUACAAAAUGUCUUUGGUAGAAUGUCCUUCCAAGUACCGGGUGGAAUGGCUGUCACUGGAGCCAUGCUACAAUUUUACAGAACCACCACAGCCGUAGUUUUUUGGCAAUGGGUUAACCAGUCAUUCAAUGCAUUAGUAAAUUAUACAAAUAGAAAUGCCAAUAGUCCUGUAACAACGGCACAACUAGGUACAGCCUAUGUAAGCGCAACGGCCGCAGCAAUGUUAACAGCAAUAGGAUGUAAGACCUUUUGGGAAAAAAGGGCGAAUCCCCUCAUGGCUAGAUACGUCCCCUUUGCGGCUGUAGCUGCGGCGAACUGUGCCAAUAUUCCUUUAAUGAGACAGAAUGAGAUACGAAGCGGUAUAGAAUUGAGCGAUGAGAACGGUAACAAGCUCACUAGAUCGAAGAUUGCUGCUGUGAAAGGUAUCAGCCAAGUGAUCAUCUCUAGGAUCGUUAUGUGCGCUCCUGGCAUGCUUAUUCUACCCCCUAUUAUGGAAAAGUUAGAAACAUAUCCUUGGAUGCAAAAGAUUAAGGCACUUCAUGCACCUAUGCAAGUGAUGAUGGUCGGCUGUUUCCUGACAUUUAUGGUACCCACAGCAUGUGCUUUAUUCCCUCAAAGAUGUUCGAUUGCAGUGAGCACGUUGCAACAGUGGGAGCCGGAAAAUUAUGAAAUAUUGAAGAAAAACUGCCCAAAGGGAAAGAUACCAGAGUAUCUGUACUUCAACAAAGGGUUGUAAUGCCCGUGAAGCAAUAGUCUUUAUAAAAAUCACGGUGAAAAAUGCACCGAUUUAAAUGUAGACAAAGUUCUAAAGCGUAGACAAAGGAUAAAAUUUGUUUAUCUUCGUAAUAAUGAUUGACUCUCUGUUUAAUGUGGCAUGAGAGUAAUAUAUACACAUAAUGAUGUGAGGGUCAAACUCUUGCAGAUCGUCUGCAAGUCUUGAGGGUCUGUCAAUGAAGUCUUCUGUCUGAAGACUGUCAAAAAAGCUUAUGUAUGUAUAUACGUAAGAGAUCAAGCCACAGCAGACUAAUUUGCUAGUGAAUUUGUUGGUUCAUUAGACCAUGCCUAACGAGCUUUUAAUGCGCGUGUAAAUUUUUCCUAGUGCUCAUGUUAUUUCUCAUGCUCAUGUUACUCCUUAUUGAGCUUCUUAAUAUUUAGGUACUAAUUUAAGUAUCCUUCUUUUGUUAAUGCAAUAAUUUAUAACUGCCAAUGUUCAGCAUUGAUGAGAUGUAAGAACCACAAACAAAUUGGAACUCUAAGAGAUCUAUGUUUCAAUAUAUUGUGUUGUGGGUUGUAUUUACAACAGUCCACUAUUCGAAAAAAUCAAUACAUGAAGGACAAUAUUGAAUGAUCCUUCAUUGAAAGAGAUCAUCUUUAUAAAUUAAGAUGAUUUGGCAAUAAGUUUUGUUAAAAUAAGUGCUCGCAAUAAUUUUUUCCUAGCAACAUGUUGUUGCCUACAAGUUAUCGAUACAUACUUAAUGAUAAUGUACUUCACAUUUGAUUUGAGAUUAUAGCUUCAAAAACAGUGUAACAACUACCUCCUUUUGUCAAGGCGUCACUCUUAAAGAUACUGCCAUGUAUAUUUUAGUAAUCUAUUAAUAAAUGUUCCGAAAUAACUGAUUGUGAAUUAA